AUGUCUAGCAAUAAUUACAAAAAUACAAACGAUUCAAAUAUACCAACGAAUCGAUCUCGGAGUCGAAUAAAAGGGCCAACUAAAGAGGAAGAACCCGAUGAAGGUACUUUCAUACAUACUAGCAGCGAUAAUGGAAGUUCUUACGGUACCAUGUCGCAAACUACUACUACGUAUUCGGCAAUUAGAACAAAGCAAGCACAUCGAAGACAACCUCUACAACGACGUGAAUCUGCCAUAGAAGAAGAGAACAAUGAGGAUCUACAAAUUGAGAUUCCCAUUGCUCCAAAACCGGAAAAGGAGGGUCCAGUCGCUUGGAGUAGCUUACCGCAUAAAAGACAAUUGGCUAUUCUUACUUGCGCCAGGUUAUCCGAGCCUCUUGUACAGACUAGUUUGAGGAGCUAUCUUUUCUAUCAAUUAAAAUCCUUUGAUACCUCUCUACCAGAUUCAGUCAUCGCAUCCCAGGCAGGUAUUAUGCAAGGUUCUUUUGCCCUGGCUCAAUUGACCACUGCUAUGUUAUGGGGACGGUUCUCGGAUCGAUCUGGUAGGAAGAGGGUUCUAUUGAUAGGUCUAAGUGGUACCGCGUUCUCUUGUUUGGGUUUUGGAUUCGCGCAAAACUUUUGGCAAGCAAUGAUAUUCAGAAUGAUUGGCGGUGCGCUCAAUGGAAAUGUGGGUGUGAUGAGAACCAUGAUUAGUGAGAUUGUGAGGGAAAAGAAAUAUCAGAGUCGUGCCUUCUUGCUAUUGCCCAUGUGCGCGAAUAUUGGGACUAUCAUCGGGCCCAUCUUGGGGGGUCUUUUAGCCGAUCCAGCUGGAAACUACCCAAGUAUAUUCGGAGGCGUUAAAUGGCUAGAGAAGUACCCAUAUGCCCCUCCGAACUUACUUAGCGCUGUGUUCUUAGCCUCAGCUUGUCUUGCGGUUAUAUUUGCUCUAGAAGAAACGCAUGAGAUGUAUGCUCACAAGGAGGAUUGGGGCAUCAAAACUGGCCGUGCAAUCAAACAUUUCUUCCAUCGCUUUCGAAAGGAUGAUUCUCGCAAACUUGAAUAUACUGCUAUUCCAAGCACCGUUCCGUCACUCGCUGUCCAACCAACGCCCACGACUCCUAAAUCGCCUAAACGUGUCGCCCCGAGAUACAAGACUCGACUACCAUUCCGUCAAAUUUUCACAUAUAAUGUGAUAUGCACUCUAAUCUCCCACGCUUUACUCGCAUUUUCAAUGGGAACAUUCAACAAUAUCUGGUAUUCCUUCCUGAGCACCCCGGUCUAUAAUCCCUCUCACCCCUCCAAAUCCCUUCCUACCGACUACACCCCACACCCCCCUCUCAAAUUCACCGGCGGCAUUGGUCUUCCACCCCGCGACGUCGGUCUGGCCAUGUCAAUCCUGGGCAUGAUUGGUAUAACUAUGCAGCUGUUCUUAUACCCCCUAGUAAACACCCGUCUCGGUACCAUCCGCAGCUGGCGCAUCUUCCUCUACGGUUUCCCAAUCGCCUACACACUCGCUCCAUUCUUAUCUCUCGUCCCCUCUCUCUCGUCCCCGCCUUCCCAAAAGACCGGUCCCCGAAUCUGGAUCUCCCUCACUUGCGUCCUACUCAUUCAAACCAUCGCGCGUACAUUUGCUGGACCCGCCACUACAAUCCUCAUCAAUAAUUGUUCGCCUCAUCCAUCUGUACUAGGUACUAUUCACGGCAUUGGACAAACGGCAAGUAGUGCAGCGAGGACAGUCGGGCCUGCUAUUGGGGGUUAUCUCUAUGGAGUAGGAUUGAGUGGGGGAUAUGUAGGAUUAGUAUUUUGGGUACUGACAGGGAUGGCUGGGGUGACCUGUUUGGCGAGUAACUUCGUGAGGGAGGGGGAUGGGCAUGAGAUUUGGUUGGAGGGGGAUGAGGAGGCGGAGGAGGAGGCUAAGGCUAAGAAUAGGGAGUUGGGAUUUGAUGUUUAA